AUGUUGCAGGUCGUAAUGUCAGCCAUAGCUGUGACCAUGGCUGAUGUAACCUCCCAUGUGAGUUCUUCCGUGGGCUACAGUGGAGUCCGACCCCCUCGUCCUCCCUAUCACCAACCCACCACCUAUCCCGCACACUCCGCCUAUCCCCCUCCAGCCUGUGCCAACAGCACUAACAAGCCCUGGUGCCUCGAGGACCCCGAGUACCCCACCUACGAGAUCAAACAAGCUAUUACUGCCCACAUACCCAAGUUCAUUUCCCUCUACGCUGACGUAGCUGAUCUUAACACCGUGCUCUCCGUCGAGCGUCCCAAGACCCUGGAGGAGGAGACUUACCUCUGCCCCUCAGACACCGCCUACAUCCGGCCCCUCAGAGCCCAGAACACCCAGGGAAAAUGGCGCGUCAUCGUCAACAACAUUAAAGCUAAUUAUAAGACUUACACUCAGACGACCCGUAUUGAAGAGUGCUUGACCUCCGGCGACGCCUGCCCCUUGGUGCCUGAGUGCUACGAGUCCAAGUGCCUGCAGAAGUCCAUCUACCACCGCUUCCUUGUCUACGACCCCUAUGAUCAGUACUUCCCCUUCGCCAUCGAGACCUUCAAGCUGCCCGCCAGCUGCGAUUGUCUUUUGGGAACCUUUACCAUCGAUCACUAAAUCUAGCUAUGUAACUCCUCGCCACAGGUUAAAGAAAAUCUGACCAUUAAUAGGAUCUAAACUCACAAGAAACAGUAACAAACCUUUCCCUAUGAACUUGCCUGAGUACAUAUACCCUAUAGUAACACUGUACUAGUGAAAAGUAUCUGGUUAAUCUUAAAGCUAAUAGUGUUAGUAAGCAACGUGAACGAGUGUGUGGACACCAAUGGAUCCCACCGUCCCUGGCACGACUUCCUGAGCGUGAAGAAAGCAGUUCUCUAGUCAUCUCGUUACGUUAAUGUUAUCAAAUAUACGAUUUCUUUAUACAAUGCUGGCAUCGUAUAUUACUCAGUUGUUUGUUGUACUAGGCAAUACCGUCGCAAGUAUUUGCGUGACCCAUGGUGUUGCUGAGGACGAUUUGAUUUAUCAUGCACAUUGCUUGUUAAUUGAACCUGGCAAGUUUGUUAAUAUGUUAAAAUUUAUUAACAGUUUCUUCUGUAGUCUCUCCAGGUAAUCUGCUGAAGACUAAC